AUGGAAGGACUAACCGAAGACACAGACGUUAAGGAAGUUAGCCUUGGGGGAACAGUCAAACAAAGUCAAGCUCCCCUUUCAACUGCAGACUUGUCACCAAAAACUCAGAAAAAGAUGGAUUUUCUUCUGAAAAGUCUCGCCAGAAAAGAAGCUUUUUUACAGGAAGAUGAGCGAGGUAGAAUUACUGUUGAGUAUUCAGAUAGCAAGGUAAUACCAGCACUUUGUUAUGUGGAUAAGUCGGAGUCAAACACAAUACAACAGCCCAAGACAGAGGAGGACAUGGCUAAGAGGAUUGGCUCAUUACUAGAACUAAUCAAGUUUGCAAAGGAAAACAGAACACCAAGUGGUUUGGUCCUGGAUAAAACAAAGAUUACGACAAAAUCAAGGAAAUACAGACUUGGUGAGGAGUUUAAAGAAACUGGUGAAAUUCUCGGUAAAGGAAAUGUUGCCGGAGAUAUUCUUGUAGUCAAGGAUGUGGGUAGUGGAACAAGCCAUGCAUUAAAAACUGUGAUGAUUUCUGAAUUUUGGGAAAAUGAGGUCAAAUGUUGGGUUGAUCUGGAGGGGACUGGAAUUUGUCCUUCUUUGUACCUAAUCCGGCUAGAAAAUAACAUCAUAAAUCUUCACAUGGAAGAACUGAAACAAGCAAUUACGUUGAACGACAUCUUGGAAAAGCAUGCGAUCCCUGAACCAUUUCGUCAGCCAUUUUGUCUCUAUAUUUACAAAGGAUUGUUGAGUGCAGUUAAAACAAUGCACGAUAAAAACUGGACUCACAGAGAUCUACACCCUGGAAACGUUAUGAUACAGAAAAACACACGUUCAUCCACACUAGAUAUCAAGGUUUUAGAUUUCGGAAAAGCAAACCGAAUUUAUGAUGAAAAACAGGGUGUCGAUUACGCUGGCAAAGACGACGACAUUUUACAGAUAGUUCGACUUUUCAGCGCAUUGUACACAGGACAGCUAUUUGACAGCGCUUCAGAUCUGAAGAAAAACUACAAAUCCAAGUUAGUUGAGAUGGCAAAUAUUCUAAAGUUUUCCUAUGAUGACCGAGUCGAACUGUUCCAACUGGUAGAGUUAGCAUUGAUCUUGACAAGCCGAUCACAGCAGAGUUGUGACACAAAUACAGACGACAGUCAGACAGUGAAGACAAUUGAAGAUGCCAUUUCAGAGAUAGACAGGAAACUCAAGUCAGUGAAUAUUGAUGAAAUGAGUAAAAAGGUGGCAGCCAUUUUGUUCUCGGAAAAUGAAUAUCAUGAUCUCCACACAGACAGUGAUUUAGGGUCAAAGGGUUCUGGAAAUGAUUUUGUUGAUUCAUCGGAGACACUGUCACUGGAGGAAAAAGCUGCCAGAAUUCCUGAUGAUUUUAUUCGUGGUCUACGCGAAGGCCUGACUAUUGGACCUCAACAACCGCAAAGCUAAAUAUUUGGGGCCGAUUUUCCAUAUGGUGCUUUUUUUAUCCCUUUGUUACAUGUAACUUUGAUGAACAGCCCUAUAUAUUUAAUAAUAUACUGUGCAAUAAUCAUUCUUUGUAAAUUUUACUCCUUUAAGACAACGUCUUAUGGAACUUUGUGUAUAUAUAUAUAUCAGACCUCGUUACAACGACCAAUGUUACUACGAUAUUUACACCAUCCGACCAUAAAUUGUCGGGAACAAACGUACAUCGGUGUUAUUCUGUUCAUUACACCAGAAUUCACACCUUUCGACACAGCAAAUUAGGAACAAACGUACAUCCGACGUCUGAAAACACCUCUUUAUGUACAACAACAUUACAUAAUCAUAGAUACCGUAGCACGUACUACACACAGCCACUUAGAAUCCUUGAUCUCGUAGUGAGGCAACUGUGUCACAUGAUGUCCGAGUUACUGAUGUCUGCUAAAUCUGUAGACGUGUAUUGCUUUUGAAAAUACGAGUCAAUCAAGUCUUCUAUUUAUUGAUAUUUUGUAAAUGAAGCAGGUACCAGUCGUAGAUGUCUUUGAUCAAGGAGUGAUUAGACUGACAAUGAAUGCUCCUUGGUUAAUAUAUUUAAUGUUUUUUUAGAAACAUAUUUAUAUGUACGUGUAUUUGUUGUUUUUAAUAAUAAUUGCAAUGCAUUAAUUAAUUAAAUGCUAUUCAGUCAUCAGUUAAUAUUAAAUAGGUUUUUUUUUUCUUACGUCAUUUUGGCAAAGGAAAUAAUUCAUGACAAAUUAAUCUGAUACAGUGUCAAUUUCGAUAUAACAACGAAGUGACCCAGGUGAUCCAGGGACGAACAUGGUCGUUGUAACAAGGUCUGACUGUACUGUAAAUCAUGAAAAUAAUAUGUCAUGUUAGUAUUGCUUUGGUUUAGGUACACUGAACUGCAUAUUUUUAUUAAUACGUCUGGUACAUGCAACUUUUAAAGAUAACUCUGCAAAACAAAAAAUGAUGAGUUAUUUUCACAUAAUUCACUUUAGUUUUAACUUACAUCAGUUAAACAAUAGCAGUUGGUAUUUGUUUUGACAGUCAAACCAGUGGAAGCUAGCCAUUUGUGUUUGUCGGUGGUAAUUUCCUGUACCUCUUGUGCAGAGCACCACAGAAAUGACAAGGUGUGGAGAUAACAUAGAACAUCUACCGAUCAGAUUUACAAUUAAUGAACUGUUCGUUUAAAGGGACAGACUAGUUUCAACCCGUGAAACAUUUGAAUAAAGUUACAAUUGAGGAGAGGCCUUAAAGGGACAGAUCCUAGUUUCAGCUAAUGAAAAUUA